UGGCUGAGUGGCUGUUGUUCCCAGUUGCUUCCGCUUUGUUAUAAUCCCACUAACAGUUGAGCGUGGAAUAUUUAGUAGCCAGGAAAUGUCACGGAUGGACUUAUUGCCCAGGUGGCCACCUAUCACGGGACCACGCUUGGAGUCACUGAGCUCCUGAGAGCGACCCAUUCUUUCACCAAUGUUUGUAGAAGCCGUCUGCAUGCCUAGGGGCUUGAUUGUAUACACCUGUGUCCAUGGAGGGGAUUGGAACAUCUGAAUCACAUGAUUGGGAGGGGAUUGGAACACCUGAAUCACAUGAUAUGGAGGGGAUUGGAACACCGGAAUCACAUGAUAUGGAGGGGAUUGGAACACCGGAAUCACAUGAUAUGGAGGGGAUUGGAACACCUAAAUCAUAUGAUUGGAGGGGAUUGGAACACCUGAAUCACAUGAUUGGGAGGGGAUUGGAACACCUGAAUCACAUGAUUGGGAAGGGAUUGGAACACCUGAAUCACAUGAUUGGGAGGGGAUUGGAACACCUGAAUCACAUGAUUGGGAGGGGAUAGGGACACCUGAAUCACAUGAUUGGGAGGGGAUUGGAACACCUGAAUCACAUGAUUGGGAAGGGAUUGGAACACCUGAAUCACAUGAUUGGGAGGG